AUGACUGCAUUCCUUCUUGCAGACUGGUGCAUGUAUGAUCCUUCAUACCACGUUGUGUACAGUUUUUAUGCCAAACUGGAUGAUGAUAUGACGAGUUCUCCUCUGAAAUGCACCCUUGAGAAGCUGGAGUGCCACUUCACCUGGGAUCUGGGGUGCAAUAAAAAUGAGCUCCAAGAGUUAGAGAGAAACAUACAAGACAUCUUAGAGCAGGGAUGCACCAGGCUAGUUCACCAUUACAACCUGCUGGGCUACAUCCAACAGACUCUCGGCUUCAACACAGAGGCGCUGAAGUACCUGCAUAAAGCAGAAAGUGUGAUGCAGGAGCAGGGAACAGAAGAAGCUGGAGUCUGGCUGCAGGUUAACAAGGCUAACCUGGCUUGGGUCUACUUCUUUAUGGGAGAGAUGGAUAAGAGAAAAGGAUACCUAGAAGAGGUGGAGAGUUUUCUGGGAAUGCAUCCUGCUCCACCUGGAUGUGCUCUACACCCUGAAGUCAGUGGAGAAAAGGGCUGGACGCUGGUGAAGUUCAACAAGUCCAAGAAGCGUCAGGCGAUUUAUUAUUUUAAGAUGGCUUUAAAAGCAGAACCAGAAAGGAAGGAAUGA